CCAGGUAUGAUCUUCACUCAGACCACGCGUGGGAAGCCGCUGCUCAUCAUAAACUCCCAGAAGUACCACAUGGAUCGCUACAAGAGCAUGGCUGGUGCGAAGACCAUCUGGCGAUGUGCCAGGAGACGACAGAAGAGUGGGGGGUGCAAGUGUAGUGUCAUCAUAUACAAUAACAAUGUUGUAGGGGUGAUUAACGAACAUAACCACUAGGUAUUCGAUUAUUUGUAUAAGUAAAAUUGCCUGCUGCUGUCUUUCUUGAACACUAUAAUCCGGGCCUUUUCUAGGCGAGAGUGAAUAGGCACUUACAGACUAGACUGCAUCUCACUUAACAUCAGGUGCGAUUGCGAUCAAAUACCUGCCUUGUCUUGCAUAAAAAAAAAGUAUCUUGCAAUUCAAUUGACGCAAAACUAAAAUUUCCUACGAUUUACAAUCUGAUACUUUAGUAUACAUAGAUUGCAAAACUUUUUAAAUACUACUACUACUAUUUAAAAGAUUAUCAUUUUGUAGUGUAGUUAUUUAAGUCGUAAAAUAAUUCAAGAUAACACGUGAGAUCAUUGUAGCACACAUUCUUCAACAAUAUGUUAUGAAAAUAAUAAUCAAUGGUAAACAGCAUUCAAUUUAUAUUUAAUAAGAUGAAUUAUUGUGUAAUUUCAGAUACAAUUAAAAGUUUUUCAAUGUGAUAAAAAUCAACAAAUAGUAUUUCGUUAUCGUUUACAAAAUAAAGUGAAACCCUGAACUUACUGAUGUGUGUAACCAUAUACCAUACGAAUAGGCAAUAAAAAUAAUAAACCAUUAACAAGUAAUAAUUUUAAUAAAUAUAGUUAGCUAAGUAAUGCCACGUAAAGCCCGGUCUUUGACCAGACUAUAGUUGCUCUAAUCGUCUAAUGUAACUAAAAUGUGUUUAGUAAAGGGUGUCCCAAAAUUAACGACACUUUUGAAUUAACUAGCCUUUUGACUGUAUUAUUUUUAUUGAAUCAUAAAGUACAUAGAAUAGGGUUAUUUAUGGAAUAACACAUCGGUCAAAUGGCACGCACGCACAACGCGUUUGUCGAAGUUUCCCAUGACUAUGGCUGAAUUUCGUUAACACCACGUUGAAUCUCCUCCUUUAAUGCACAUGUGGUUGUGGGCUUCUUGAUAUAGACCUGUGAUUUAAAUUAACCCCAUAAAAAGAAAUCUAAUGGUGUGAUUUUCACAUCAUCUUUUCCACGACGCCCAUUUGAGAUUCCUGGAUUGUCACCGAUACUUACGCACUGCUUCGAUAUUGACAUUUUAACGACUUGUGUUUGGAAGAACAGUGUGUUUGGCUUAUCUCCUAGAAUUUCUCAAUUAAAAUCUUCACAAUUCACGAAGUUAAAACACUAUUUCGACCAUAUUUUGUGUAAAAUUUUCGAAUUGCGGACGAAGACAGGUGGUUCUAUCCUGUAACGCAAAAUUUUAGUAACCCUGAACUAUCAGCUGUCGAUUUAUUUUAUUUUUAGGGUUGUCAACACUUAAUUGCAUAAAUGGUGGCAAAUUUAAAAGUUGUGUUAAUUUUGGGACACCCUUUAUGAACCAAGUACUAAAGCCGUAGAUUAUUUAACAUUUCGCUAAUCUAUAGCGUUUUUUGGCACUUAAUUGAUAUUUCUUGUCUGCUCAGAUCUGUUCUUCACGCAGUCAUCUCGAGGGCAUCCACUUCUGAUAAUCAAAGCCUACAGGUACCACAUGGACCAGUACCGGAGCAUGCAUGGUGCCAGAACAAUUUGGCGGUGUGCACUGAGGAAGAAGUGGGGAUGCAAAUGCAGUCUUAUCAUUUACAACGGCCAGAUAAUCAAGAAAUGGAGUUCAAAUUUGAACGAACUUCCAGAGGGAACCCAGUGUUAAUAGUGGACAAUCAACGUUACAACCUGGUAAGGAAGAAGGACGACCAGUCUUACUGGAGGUGUGUCAAGAGGAACUCUGGAUGCAGGUCGAAAGCAGUCACCGAAGAUGAGCACCUUGUCAAGGUCACCUCUCAUAACGGUCACAGGUUAGGCCCGGCGCACUUAGACGGCUGUACAUUUGUAGCACAAUAACCAGAGUAAAUACAAAUGAGUAGGUAGUAGGUAGGUAGUAUCUUCAUAGAAACGCACGGGCGCGAUUUGUAUGUGAGCGCGCCAACACGUAUGCGGCGCGCACACACUGACAAAAUUUAGCGGUGUUUAGCAAUAACUCCCGUCUCUGCACACGGCGGCGUGUUCUCCCGUUGUCCCUCACUAUUUGUCCCCCACUAGUGGACAUCGGGAAAAAUUGUAUCGUUGGACAAAAAUUUUUUCCCGAUUUCCGCCAGUGGUGGUACCAGUUGACUCGUGAUCCGAGGAACGCGGGUUCGAUCCCCAUCGCCGCUCGACUAUUGUGGUGAAUCCAUUCGUAACAAAAGCAUUUAAAAAAAAGUGGGGGAAAACGGGAAUACAUUUUGAAUUGACGUCCGGAAUGCGUUUGGGUUAUGUGAGGCUUCCCCGCCAGAAGGGCGGUGUCUACCCACUUAAUCCCGACAGAAUUUUCCGAAGUCAUUGAAAUAUUUACAUUAUUCAUUUUAUUGUAUACUUACUAGUUAUAUUCUUACUUGUAUCAGAAUUAAAGAAAUGUUUGAGACUUUU